CAAAAAGCGUAGCGGCAUAUACGGAUAUGGUGAGACAUUCGGGUUGGUUGGAUCUAUACAUUUAAUUAGGCAAUUACAGUUAUUUGGAAACUUAUUGAGUCAAGAGCCAACUGAUCUAGUCGUUCACUCUACAAUAACACAACGUGCCUACAGAUGUCGAAACAUUUACAGAUGGCCAUGUGAAUUAAUAUGCAUUCUACCCUGUAGUUUGUUUGAGCCAGAAGGUUUCUACGUUAGAGUUGGUCGAUUAAUACAUUAGAUUGGUGAAGCAGUAAAUAUUCAUGCAAUGUUACAAAAUUCGACCUACAUCGAUCAGGUUGAGAGACGGUUAAAAUUAUUUUUACUUCAUGUAUUGACCGAAGACGAUGAUUACUUGAAACGUUUGUCAACAAAACCAUUGCUAAUACCGAAACUUUUAUCAUUAAUUUCAAGUGAACAUGAAUUCUUGAAACCGCUAGAAAGAACUAAAAUUGAUGAAGAGAAUCUUUUGAAAAUUCUCAAAAUAAUUGAUUAUUUUGCAUUCGUUCAACCAAAUGAAAUGAAUGGAAUUAUUGAAAAUUUAACUUCUCUUUCAACAUACAUUAUAUUAUGUUUAGAAAAAUUAACAAAAAUAUCAAAAUGUCAACGAAUUCUUCGUAAUCAUAACGGGAUACCAAUUUUAUUGAAUUAUUUAAGAGUAUGUUUGCAGUUCGAAUCCAAUUUAAACAAUCCUAGAAGCAUAAGAGAACUGUCUAAUUGUUCAGUCUAUGUGAACUCGUCGACAAAUGCCGUAAACACUUCGGAAGAAUGUCCCUGUGAAACAAAAUUGGUACAUGAUUUUGACCAAGAUACCAUACGGCGUAAUACAUCUAUAUGUGGAAUAUUGUCUCAAUUGGCAAUGAAUGAUUUUUAUGCUCAAAUUAUUGCACGUGAAAAUGGUAUACAUUUGAUUGGUUCACAAUUAUGCAUUAAGUAUUCAAAAAAUGUUAAAAACCAAUGUUUAACAGUUGAGUCAGAAUUGAAACAAACUAAUAAUGUUGAAAAUCAACAGAUAAUUGAUACAAAUAAAUUUGGAUUAGGAAAUAUUCGUCAUUUAUACGCAAAUGCAUUUUGUGCAUUACGUAGACUAUUUGUAUCUGAACAUAAUCGCCGUUUAAUCAAAUCAUUUUUACCAUCAUCCUUAUUAUCGGAAUUAAUCGAAAUCACCAUCAACACAUCAACAGUUACAAAUGAUUAUCAAAAAUUAGUCAAUCUACUUGAAUCAUUGAAUAAUGAAGAAUAUAAUGAACUUAUUGAAGGUAUAAUUUCUUGUGACGUAAAUCGAAUACCUAUUCAUUAUGUACGUGAAUAUUCAAUAUUGGAAUUACUUGGAACUGGUGCAUAUGGUAAAGUUUUUAAAGCAACGAAAGAUAAAAUGUGUCAUAAUAGUUAUGCAAUUAAAAAGGUUAGUACUAGUCAAAUAUUUUUUGGUCGAACUUCCAAUGAACGUCAAAAAUGUAUUGAUCGUAUAUUGAAUGAGGUCAAUGUUAUACGUCAACAACUAAGGCAUCCAAAUAUUGUUCGUUAUUAUAAAACAUUUUUAGAUUCUGAUCAUUUAUACAUUGUGAUGGAAUUAUUGGAUGGCGUUUCGCUGACAGAGUUACUUAUAUCUUUUAAAGAGAAGAAUAUACAUUUCAGUGAAUCACAAAUCUGGAAUAUGUUUAUUCAGUUAAUAUUAGGUUUACGUUAUUUACAUAAAGAGAAGAAAAUACUGCAUAGAGACUUAUCAUCAAAUAAUAUAAUGAUUAGUGAAGGUAACAAGGUUACUAUAACGGAUUUCGGUUUAGCAUAUCACAAAACAUUGAAUUCAAAUGAAACAAAAUCAACUGUUGGUACAUUAUUUUAUGCCUGUCCAGAAAUGAUACAAUGUCUUCCGUAUGGUGAAGGUGCAGAUAUAUGGGCACUUGGUUGUAUUCUAUAUCAGAUGUGUACAUUUACUUCACCAUUUCAAGGUGAAUGCAUUCUUAGUACUGCAUCACGUAUUGUAAAAGGUGUGGCUACUUAUUUGACCAGUGAUAUUCUGUCCCAAUUAGAUGCUACACAAUCAAAAUGUGCAAAAAUUAAAGGAAAAUUAAAAGAGUUUCAAAAUACCAUUAUAUGUGAUUUGUGUUGUCCUUCUAAACACUCUAAGGAUGAACAAGUUUAUGAGAAACAUAGUACAUAUAUUAAUAAUGUUAGAGUACCUGAUUCCAAUGUAGAAGAAAUAUCAACUACUGCACAAAUUUUGCCUACGAUAACAAUCAAUCAAGGUAAUUUACGUGAAAUCAAUGAUCCAGUACUCGGUAUGAUUACAGUAAUGCAUAAGUUGGGAUACCUUUCUCAAGAAUCCUCAUUAAAAAAUGAUAUCAGCUUAGAAUAUAAAGCUAUUCAGUAUAUAGUGAAAAGCUACCAACAUCGGUUAUUUGCUGCCGGUAUAAAACCAAUUACACUAAAAGAGGAAUUAUUUAAACUUACAUCUUAUUGUUCAGAUUGUAUAAAUGAUAAAUUUUUGGAGAUUAAUAAUAAAGAGAGUAAUUCUUCAUUACUGAAUAUACUUAAAAAGUUUUCACCUGAUCUAGCUGUCAAAUUAGACAGAAAUGGUUAUAUCAAUUAUGCUAUUCUGAUGUAUUUAAUAGACUUAUUAUUAAAGCAAUGUACUUCAUAUUUUUCUUAAAUUAUCGUACAUAAUUGUUUUACUGUUAAUUCAAUUCAAUUUCAACUAUCUCCAUGCACAUUAACUAUUGAUGGAAGUGGAUUUUUUUUAAAAAAUUUUAUCCUUUUCUUUUUUAAAUGAAAAGAGAAUUUAUCACUUUCAUAUUCUUUUGAAGUUCGUAUUUUACAUUGACAACUUAACAUUUCCGUCUAUUAUUUAUUAGACAGAAAAUCAAAUUUUCUGGUGGAAAAAUAAUCCAAUUCACGAAAGUUGAAUUAAAAGUUUUGAUUUAAAUCAA